GUGUUGCUCACCAUGGAAGAAAUGGAGAAGACUGGUAUCCAGCUGCAGAGACCUAUAAAGACAGAGUGGAAUCCCCGGUGUGUCCUCUUCACCUAUUUCCAAGGGGACAUCGGCAGUGUGGUGGACGAACACUUCUCCAGAGCUCUGCGCAAUGUCAGGAGCCCCGAGGGCUUGAGCCCCUCGACCCAGAGCCCAGACGUGAUGCUGAGGAAUGAUAGUGACAUGCCUCCAAAUCAGUGGCGUUUCUCUUCCCAGUGGACAAAGCCAGAGCCAGAAGCAUCUUUUGCUUAUGGUGCCGCCAACUGCAGCUUGAAUGGGGCCAGUGUCCCGGUGCCGGAUCAGUACCCAGUGCCCCUGGCGGGGAUCCCCUCCGAUCCGUCUGACGAGCUGUGGCAGUACCCCUUCCUGGGUAGCCCUAGCUCCUCAGAGCCUGGCUACUCUCAUGCCUACUCCAGUGGGCACAUGGUUCUAGAACCCCAGUCCGAUGGAAAAUAUGAGCCCUUUCUAAGUCUACUCCAGCAAGACCGACACCUCGCCCAUCCUCAGGAAUCCACCGUGUGGGAGGACUACAGCUCUGCCCAGGUAGCGGGAGGCCCCGGAGCGCUCUGCGACUUGCCUCCCAGCUCAGCCCACGAAAAGAAAACCUAUUUUCCCCCUGAUGGUGGACCCGGCAAUGCCAGCUUUGCAAGUGAAAAAAGCCAGUCGCCGGAGAGAAGAAAUGUGUUCUUUUACUGA